AUGCAGGACAUGAACAAGAUGGUUCCAGCUUUGACUGAACUGGGCCUCCGUCAUGUCAACUACAACGUGAAGGAAGAACACUUUCAAGUGUUCGAAAAGGCUCUGAUGCUGACCCUUCGAGAAGGCCUUGGUGACCUGUUCACCAAGGAAGUCGAGUUUGCAUGGAACAUGGCCUUCAACUUCAUGACCGCUACCAUGAUGUCGGGUAUUCGCUCAGCACAAAAUGCAGUUCGAUCGAGACAAGCCGAGAGCAAGGAGCCGAACAUGAGUACGACUGCUACUCCUUCUGAGACUCCUUCCUCUGCGAGUGGUUCAGCUCGAGCAAGGCCAGCUAAACAGCAAGAUGCUGCCUCUUCGUUUGGGGUUGGCACAGAGCUGCAAGGCGGCAAAGAGCCAUACCGAAUAGAGAGACAUCUUCAGAAGGCGAUCUUCGGAGAUGUUUUUGAGGCUGUGGGGCUCGAGACAGAACGGCGUCUGGCUGUGAAGGUCACCGAGCUAGAGAAGAUGAGACUGCAGGCAAAGCACCAAGCCCUAGUUGAAUCGCCUCUGUGUGAGAUCCGCUUCGCAGAAAUGAUGAAGGGACUUGACAAUGUGAUGCAGUUGGAGGAUACGUUCGGUGAUGAUGACAGGCACUAUGUGGUCAUGGAGUUGGCCGCUGGGGGUGACUUGAUGGAAGCUCUUCAGAGUCACCGUACUGGCUUUCAGGAAGAGCAAGCGAAGGAGAUGAUUCUUGAUGCUGCUAGAGGUUUGGCCAGCCUUCACAUGCGCGGCCUGGCAGUGCAGGACGUCUCGUUGGAGAAUAUGCUCCUUUUCUUGGAUGAGGAUGGGCAAUGGCAGGUGCGAGUUGGAGAUCCUGGACAGGCAGUGGCCUUCGUGAUGGAUCCAGCAACUGGUCAGGAGAAAGCGGUCCCGUUCAACGGUUUGGUGGCUGAUGAUUUUCGACCACCAGAGCUUUACGACGAACAGGACUACCUGGCCAGCCGUGUAGACUCCUGGUGCUUGGGAUGGAACACCUUCUACCUUCUCACCUCUGCACCCUGGCCAAACUCGCUUGUGAGUCAGAUUGAACAGUCUCUUGAUUCAGCUUUUAUUUCGUUCAAAGUUCAAACUUCGAGCAGAAGAAUCAACUCAUUUGCAAAUCAGGUGCCCCUCUUCAAGAGCUCCGCUGGGGUCCCUGGUGCUCGUUGGAGACGGAUUCGUUGGGAAAAAAUGCUGAGAUCUGAUCUGCUUAGUGUUGCCUGA